ACAGUCAGUUGCAAAAACGCUUCGCUCAACAGCGCACGAAGUAAGAUUUAAGAAUUGUCUAAAGCCAUAAUACCUAAGUCCAAGUGGAACCAUGGAACGUUGGCAGGAUCGAGUAGCUGUUGUGACGGGUGCCAGCUCAGGUAUUGGAGCUGCUGUCGCUAAAGAUCUGGUGAGAGCCGGACUGGUUGUAGUCGGAUUAGCACGUCGUGUGGAACGCAUUGAUGCACUUAAGGAGGAACUGCCGGAAGAGCUUCAGUCGCGUCUCCAUGCGAUCAAAUGUGAUGUGGGUGUGGAGUCAUCGGUGGCAGCUGCCUUUGAUUGGAUCGAGGCACAACUGGGCGGCAUUGAUAUAAUUAUUAACAAUGCGGGUCUCCUGCACUCCGGACAAGUGUUGACCCUGGAGCUGGAGAAACUGCAGCAUGUGAUGCAGGUGAAUCUUAUGGGCGUGGUCCAAUGCACCCAGCGCGCCUUUCGCUCCAUGCAGCAGCGCAAUGUGGCAGGUCAUGUGGUAUUGAUCAACAGCCUGACUGGACACCAGGUUAUCAGUCCCCCAGCAGGUGAGCUGCAGGCCCUCAACAUGUACCCGAUAUCAAAGUAUGGCAUUACUGCGCUCCUCGAAGUCCUGCGCCAGGAGCUCAAUGGCUUCAAGACGCAGAUCAAAGUGACGAGCAUCAGUCCGGGUAUCACCGAUACGGAGAUCUUGCCCCCUGAUUUCAAAACGCUGCCCCUGCUGCAGCCGGAGGACAUUUCAGCUGGCAUUUUGUACGCCUUGGGCACGCCUCCGCAUGUCCAGGUGCAUGAGCUGACCAUCAAGCCCAUUGGGGAGCUCUUCUAGACGCAGUUGUUCUAAUAAAAAAUGGGCGUGGCAUUGCCUCCCCUUGCUGCUUGUCUAAAAA